CCGGGACCCCUCAUGUUCAACAAACGCGUCAAAUCGAAACCUCAACGUGUCAGAGACCCUUCUCCAGUCGACGAUAUCGCAGAAAUCUCUCAAGAUUCUCCUCUCACCACUGCCAAACAACUGAAAGUCAAAGCAGGGCGCAAAAAACCCAAAUCUCGUCUUAGUUUUGUUGGAGAUGAAGAAGAGGGCGAGGAGAAUACUGGUGCUUUUCAGCUCAAAAAAUCUAAACUGAGUCGGAAGAUGGCAGUUGGAUCUAUCCCACAAAAUCUAGAUCAAGCUACAAUAUCUCCCAGUCGUCCGACCUAUGACCAAGCUUAUCUGAACGAGCUUAAAGCAAGCACUCCUUCAGCGCGAGCUCCGGCUCCGGCCACAGAUCCAUCUGACAUAGAUAUAUCUGGCGGGACUGCUGUUGGGACCACGGAUGCCUUCGAGAACCUUGAAACUUUCAUUCCAUCUGAAUCUUCCAUAAAAACCGCCAGAGAGAGAAGAGAACGCAUACGGACAUCAGCUACCGGUACUGAUGACUACAUUUCUUUAUCGGUGUCAAAAUACGAAGACCAGGGUCCUCAUCCAGAGAGUCGCCUUGUUAGAGAAGAAGAUGAGCUUGGGGAAGCAGACGAUGAGUUCGCCGAAUAUACCAGUGCACAAGAACGGGUUGCCCUAAGCAAACAGUCCAGAAAGGUUGAAGCUAGUCAACGUCGCGAAAAGAUGAAGGAGAUGAUUGCGGAGGCUGAUGAGGAUGACGAAGACGAAGAAACAGCAGAAUGGGAGCAAGAGCAAUCUCGGCGAGGCGGGCAUUUCAUUAAAGACUUGCCACAGGUGAAGGAGCAAACAUACAAACCGGCGCCGAUUCCUCCGGUGACGCCCAUACCGACACUUAGCGCUUCUCUUGCACGGCUCACUCGACAAAUGGCUCAGCUAACUACCUCCCACGCACACAAUACAGCUGCUCUAAAUUCUCUCGCACUAGAACGAGAACAAGUCGAUGAGCGAGAAAAAGAGUUGAGAGAGUUGGUCGGUAAAGCUGAGGAGAAACGUGCAUGGUUUGGUUCCUUCAGCGAGUGGGUCGAAGGCGUUGCUGGGUUCUUGGAUGAGAAGUACCCUAUGCUUGAAAAGUUGGAAGAAGAGCAUGUAUCUCUCCUUCAAGAACGAUUUGUUAUGGUAAACAAACGCCGAAGGCAAGAUGAAGACGACGAUUUAUCUACCCUCCUCGGACCUUUACCGGUACAGACCGAAAAGGAUGACUUGAAGGAAGAGACCGAUGAAUUAGGUCGGACGAUACCAAAACUGGACCCUGCAGUUGAAAAACGUCUACGUCGCGCAGCUCGUCUAGCUCGUCGUCAACGUCGUCUGCAAAUGCGCCAGAAGGAGAAUGAGGAAGAGGGCUUCUCGACAGACUCUGAGAUACCAUCUCAUGAUGAGGACGCUUAUCGUUCAGCUGUCCGAUCACUCAGAACAAGGACGAAAGAUGUCUUGGCAGAUGUCAAAGCGAAAGAAUUCUUAGAUCCAGGGAAGGGUCAGUGGAUUGCUUGGAGGGAAAAAUACGCAGACAGUUACUUCAGUGCAUGGGGCGGAUUAGGUGUCGUGUCCGUGUGGGAAUUCUGGGCCAGACUGGAAUCCCUGGGCUGGGAUCCUAUUGAGGAGCCCAAAAAUCUGGAUACUUUUCGAUGGUAUCAGGGAUUACACGAGUAUUGUCGACCUGGCGAUCCUGUAGAUGAAACCCGGGUAAUUGGCGAUGACGGGGAUUUAGUGUCUUCCAUGAUCACCACAGCCAUUAUACCCCGAUUGGGGAAGGUUAUUGAGAGUGGGGCAUUGGACGUUUACUCGCGUCAACAUAUCAAGAGAAUGAUCGAUCUUGAGGAAGAAAUUGAAGCUACUGUCGAGCAUGGUAGCCCGAAACUACAGAUUCUCCCGAAAGUAGUGGCAGCUUGCUUCGAAACAGUGAUUUCAGAGAUAGAAGAACAGUUAUCUCGAUACACUUCAACUGCGAGCGCAAGGCCAACACCUCCCUUUGACCCUGAAUCUGUACCCUCCAGACAGCGCUAUCUGACACGGCAAUUGAAGCUUCUAACAAAUUUGCUCAAGUGGAGGAAAUCGACAGGCGAACGUUUCGGUUUGGGACGGUCAGUUACACGACUCGUGGACAAUGUCAUAAUCAUUGUUGCAGACAGUGGUUGGGAAGUAGGCGGUGCGGAUGUCGUGCAGACCGUGUCCGGGAUGCUUCCACCAGAUCUGACUCCUGUGGGAAUCAAGUCUCGGUUGAACAGGCGGUAG